AUGGUAGAGACAGUGUCCGAGAGUGAAGCAGAGGAAGCCGAGGAUAUGGCCGAAGGAGAAUCCAGUGAGGAGGACCUGACGGUCUCGGACAGUUCCUACGAGGCUCGAAAGCGUUGCAGGAAGAAAGUAAACCGACGACGCAAGAAGAGCGAAAAGGAAAAGAAACCAAGCCGUGGCCAGAAGGAACGAAAGAAGGGACGCCGCCGUGUGUCCCCAUCUCCCUCCUCGUACUCCUCCAGUGACAAUGACACUACUACCGAUGACUCAGACAGCGAGGAGGAAGAGCGUAGCUGA